UCAAGAUAAAAUGUAUGCAAAAGUUGCCAUCUGCACACGAAAAACAAUGAUUCCACUUAGAGAGAAUCAUGCAUUUCUCAUUAAAACUCAAGAGCGCAAUAAAUAUAUAAUGAUCCGAUAUACUGUUAGAGAUGGAACUUAUCAUACCAAUACUAUCGAAUGGCAUUGCAUUCCUAAUGGAUGGAUAGCCACUGAAUUCACGCCUAUCAACAUGGUUAUUUCAAAUUUCGAUAAAAACGAACAAACCAAUAAUAAAUACUUUGUUGAGUAUAGAGCAGUUAAGAACAAACUUAAUGACUUAUUUGAUGACCAAACUUUAAGAUGGUUAAAAAAAGAAUGGUCUCGAAUUUCAUUUACCCAAUGGCUAGUUUUAAAAUUUGAAGUAUUUGUUGAAUCAGUGAAAAGAUUUGCAGAUAAUUGUAAAAGCAUGUUCAAAAGAGCUUUGGAAAAAGUACAUGUUGAAUUUCUCUUUAAAAUGUGA